AUGGCUGAUCUCUUUAGAGAAGCCCCUUUUGGGCAGCUCGUUCGCAUUCCUUCUGGCAACAAGUUCUUCCGUUACCCUGAAGAGAGAGAAGACUUCCAUUGCCCUCAUUGCUAUCAUGCGGAUGCUUCUCUACCCUCGGAGAAGAUUGUAGAGCAGAGUUCCAACAGCGAAGUUAACGGUGUAGGGUCGUUCAAGGCAACUAGAACUUCGACACUUGAUACGAAGCUUGACUCGGAAAGAUCGGCCACCAGCUCAGAUCCUGACGUGGAAGACGACCAAGAACAAGAGCCGGCUAGAGCACUGGGGCUGCAGAGAACUCAAAAGUUGCCCUAUACAAACGAGAGACUAGAGAUCGGGAAGAAGCUUGAAGUAGAGAGGACCAAGUUUAGACCCAUUAGGUUUGGGGUUAACGAGUCUGUUGCAUCGCUUGGCCUCGCCCUUUAUGUACUCGGGUAUGGAACGGGUCCUCUGGUGAAACUCCAGCUUUCGGCAGAAACUUACCUUACAUUCUCACGGUUUUGGCAAGGUUUCUUUGGUAGCCCCUGUCUCGCUAAUGGUGGUGCCACGAUGCAAGACAUGUACUCUCUGCUCUAUCUUCCCUUCUUUGUGUCUGUUUGGGUAUCUGCUAUCCUCGCAGCACCUGCUUUGGGGCCCAUACUGUCAGGCUUCGCAGUGGUUGUGGAGAAUUGGCGAUGGUCACUCUGGGAGAUUUUGUGGUUGGCAGGCCCGGUCUUUGUCUUGUGGUUCUUCUGUCUUCCAGAAACAUCAGCCAGCAACAUCCUCCUUCGCCAGUCGAUGCGUCUUCGCAAACUUAGUCAGAACCCAAACAUCAGUUCGCAAAGCCAAACCGAUCGUCGAGGCCUGACGGCUAGUGCUAUAGCUUUGGAUGCCCUGAUAAAAGCAUUCGAGAUCAUGUUCAAGGAUCCAGCCGUACUGUUCACCAACGUCUACACCGCUCUCAUUUACGGCAUCUACUAUUCGUUCUUCGAAGUGUUUCCCUUAGUCUACGGCCCGCUCUACGGCUUCAACAUUGGAGAGACCGGUGUGGUCAUUACUUGCAUUAUUGUGGCUUGCGUCCUCGCAAUGGGCAUAUACUUCUACUACCUCCAAUACAUGCUCAUACCGGAUACCUCCAAGAAUGGUCUCCGUGCUCAGGAAUCUCGACUGCGACUAGCAUUGAUCUUUGUCUGGGGUCCCUUGAUUGGACCGUUCAUCUUGGUAAACUCUUUCUUGCGGACGCCAAGAUUGGAAGUAGCUCACCAGAGAUUACUAUUAGGCUGGUCCGCGAACAAAAAUGUCCACUGGAUCGUCAGCGUCAUUGGCAUCACAAUCUACGCCCUUACAGUCUACAUCAUCUCUCAGUGCCUCUUCGUCUACAUCCCGAAUGGGUUCUACGAUCUUCCGACUUCAAGACCUCGAAGCGAUCGGAACCCACAUGGCGCUCCAGCUCUAUUCCUGUGGAGAUGA